CAACCGGGGGGACCUGUGCGUCAUUAAGGGACCCGUGGAGGAGAAGAGCAGGGUGAAGAAAGCCGGAAAAGGAGAAGUGUGAGAAAGUAGACUGAGGGGUCGGGUGCUGAGCGGGAGGGCGGGGGGCGCUGGAAAAGGGGCCGAAGCAGCACAGCCUGCUGCUUCCAGCUCGCAGACCUGGUGGCCCGGGCUCUGGGUGGCUGCCCCCUGCCCUCCACUCCAGAGCCCCGUUUGCGGGCGCGUUCGGUCCGGCGGGGCGGUGGAGCGCGCUCGUUCGCUCUCUUUGCGCCAGCUGCGGCAGCUGGAGCGGCGGGGCUAUCCAAGCCCGGGGCGCAGCAGAAUGUGGCCCUGCGGCUGGGCGUGGGUGCUGGCGCUCUUGGCCCUUCAAGGGGACUGGCUCACCCAAGCGACCCCCCAUAUGCGGCAGACCAGCCGGCCCGGCGUUCGGAACAAGAACUGGUGCGCCUACAUAGUGAACAAGAAUGUAAGCUGCUCUGUGCUGGAGGGAACUGAGAGUUUUAUUCAAGCUCAGUACAAAUGUGCCUGGAACCAGAUUCCCUGUCCGUCCACGCCGGUGUAUCGAGUUAAUUUCAGACCCAGAUAUACUAUUAAGUUCAAGACAGUCACACAACUGGAAUGGAGAUGCUGCCCUGGGUUUAAAGGUGGUGACUGCCAAGAAGGGCCUAAAGAACCAGCAAAAUCUCCUCUGCCCACACCUGCCCGGCCCCGGAAUACUAUGAAAAAAGCCACGGAUACUGAACCAAAGCAAGUCACAGAACCAAAGAAAACAGCAGAACCAAGACACACAACAGAACCAAGACAGACAGCAAGCCCCACGCCAGGCCUGCAGGAGCAGCAGGACAAGAAAAUACAGGUGCUUGAGGACAAAGUUUCCCGACUUACAAGGACAGUCCUUGACCUUCAGACCUCCAUUGCAGGAGUAAAUGAAAAUUUAAAACAUGCUGUUCAGGAUGAUGCCAGUAAAAUGCUGGCAUCCUGGCUCAACAGCCUUCACAACCCACCAGGGCCAGACAGUGUUGUGGGUGGCGAAACAGAAACAAUUCAGCUUCCCGGGAUCUUGGGUGGCAAGGAGUCGGGGAUGAAAGACAUUAAGUCUGAGUUGGCUGAGGUUAAGGAUGUAUUGAAGACAAAGAGUGACAAGCUGGAGGAGCUGGAUGGGAAAGUAAAGGGUUGUGAAGGGCAACUCAAGCAGCUUCAGGAAGCUGCCCAGGGGCCCACAGUGACCAUCCCGACCAAUGAGUUCUACCAAGCUUAUGUAGAUAGCAAAUUUGAGGCUCUGAGAGAGGAGCUGAUGGAAGGAAUAGACAGGAAAAUGGCAGAUCUGAAAAACUCCUGUGAGUAUAAACUGACUGGCAUCCAACAACAGUGUGAUGAUUAUGGAAGUAGCUACUUGGGCAUGAUAGAACUUAUUGGUGAAAAGGAAACGAGCCUAAGAAAGGAAAUAAGUGACCUUCGAGCUCAGAUACAGGCAGUGCCAUCAAAACAACCAAAUUGCUGUAACCUGGAUAAAGGUGAUGACUUUGGGCGACAGAUUGAGGUUUUAGAUGAGAAAAUCGAGAGGGUUGCAGAAGCCACCAGAAUGCUCAAUGGGAGGCUAGACAAUGAAUUUGACCAUCUCACCAUACCAGAACCAGAUGAGAGUUUUGAUGAAAGAUGGAAUGAGUUGGAUGCAAGGAUCAAUGUGACAGAGAAGAAUGCAGAAGAACAUUGUUUUUACAUUGAGGAAACUCUGCGUGGUACUAUUAAUGGUGAAGUGGAUGAUCUGAAGCAACUUUUGGAUCAGAAAAUUCAGUCUCUGGAGGACCGUCUGGGUAGCAGUCUCCUAGACAUUGCUAAUGGCACUGACGUAAAAUUUAUCAAUCUAGAAUCAGUGCUGCCAGGAUCUGGCAAUGGUCAAUUAACUACUGAACUUAAUCAUCUGAAGAAUAAAAUCCAAGAUGUGGAGAAUCUUUGUCUGCAGAAUCUCCAGUUAGGGUCUCAUGAAAAAGAAAGUACUCAUCCCAAUAAGUAUGAUGAUCAGAAGAUGGAUACCUCUGCACUUCUAAAGGCUCUGAAUGAUACAAUGCAUAGGAAGUUCAAGGAAACUGAACUUAAUAUUCAGAAAGUGCAACAAGAUUUGAGUCUGCUCUUUUCUCAUCUAAAUGACACUGACAAAGAUGUGAAAAACCUUCAGGGUGGGUUGAGCAACUGCCAAGAGCAACUUGCGGAUGCCAUUUCUACAUGCAGGCAGGCAGAAGAUAGUGUUUCCAGGAAGCUGGAUGAGCUGGAUAGGACCCCUGAGCCCCCCUCCUCCCAGGCCCCAGCGGGUAAUUGCUGCAGUCAUCUGGAGGUGAGGCUACAGGGGCUACAAAAGCAAAUCCUUUCCGACCUGGACAUUUGUAAGGAAAGCUCUCAGGGAGUCCAGAGGGAAGUCAUGGUUGUUGGAGGAAGAGUGUCUAAUGUUGAAAAAGCAUGUGCCAAACUGGACUCCAUCUCUGGGAGUCUACACAGGAUCAAGGAAGGGUUGAACAAGCAUGUCAACAACCUGUGGAACUGUGUCAGUCAGAUGAAUGGCACGAUUGUAGCCCAUUCCAAAGACAUUUCUGGCCUCAAGAAUUCUGUCCAGCAGAUCUAUGGUCGUGUCUUCCAAAUUACCACAGACCUUCAGGAUCUGGUGAAAGGUCAACCAGCAGGAUCGGAAGCCCCAUCAGAAAUACCACAGUUAAUUCCACAACAACCAGGAAGUUCCCCUGACCCAUCACAAGUGGAAGUUCCUGGAGAAUCAUCACAUCCAAAAACACCCCAGCAGCCUCCAGAAUCAAAAGGUCCCCUCCCUCCCAAGACUCCUGGGAAACCCCUCCAGCCAGGAAUACCUCAACAACCUUCACAAUCAAAGACUCCUCCACAGCCAUCGCCUCCCGAGCAGAUGCCCUCCCAUUCAGAGUUACCUGGGUGGACAGGUUUGCCUUUCCUACCAGGAUCUACAGGGGUCAUCAUGGAGACUGGGGAAGCUGGACCUCCUGGGAAAAUGGUGAUUGAAGGAAGAGGCUUGCCCAAUGGUGUUGAUGGCCAGGACAGUCGGUGGCCCAUCCCAAGCUCUGAAGGAUAUGCUGGAGCCCCAGGAUACCCUAAGCCUCCAUCUCCUGUGGAUUCACAAGGGAUUCCUACCGCCUCCCUGGUGUCCUUUUCUGCCGGUCUGACUCAGAAACCUUUUCCGAGUGAGGCGGGUGUGGUCCUCUUCAACAAAGUACUUGUGAAUGAUGGAGAAUUUUACGACCCUAACACUGGGAUCUUUACUGCCCCAUAUGAUGGUCGAUAUCUGAUCACUGCCAUCCUCACUCCUGAGAGAGAUGAAUAUGUUGAAGCCGUCUUGUCGGUCUCUAAUGCCAGCGUGGCCCAGCUGCAUACAGCAGGAUACAGAAGAGAACUCUUGGAAUAUCACAGACCCCAAGGGGGGUUACAUACCUGUGGUGGAACAGGGACUUUCCAUCUCAUUGUCCACUUGAAAGCAGGAGAUGAGGUGAACAUUGUGGUGACUGGGGGCAGGCUGGCCCACACAGACUUUGAUGAAAUGUACUCCACAUUUAGUGGGGUCUUCCUCUAUCCUUUCCUUUCCCACAUCUAGACUGGCUUAGAACAUCAAGGAAAAGGGUGAAGAUAGUUGUAAUGAACUCUGAAGCUUUAAUAUAUUCACUUGAUGUAUGUAAUUCUAAUGUGUUUUUCAUGACCCCAUGCCAUGCUUCCCCUGUUGCCUUUUCAAAAGUUGAAUUCAGAUUUUUAAGACCUCUACCCUCUGGUUUCAAAGCCAGACAAUACAAAGGCAUUCUCUCUCUUUCUCUCUUACACAAACACACACACACACACACACACACACACACUCUUACACUAAUCUUUUUCAUUCCUCCAACCAAGCAACUUGAAAAAUCUACUUUUAUCCCUCUUGAAUCGCGUCUUCCCUGAUUGCACAGCAUUUGCCAUCUUGCAUCUCCCUAGUUCAGAACCCUGAGUCAUUUCGUAUUGCUGGAAAUUGGAAUUGACUGCGUGGUGGUAGAUGGAGUGCUUCCUCCUAAGAAAGAAGGAACAGCUGCUGUAGACUUCCGAGACUCUUCUUAGGAUUUGAAAGCUGGUUUUAGACCUGAGGCUUUGAGAGCUAAGUUAAGGACUAUUCUAAUUUCUUCCAAAGAGCAGAACCAGAGGGAAUUGUCCUCCCUUGGAAGAGGGGAGCGGAUGCCCCUUUGGUUAUGUCACAACACUGAUGCCUUUAAUCUAUAUCACAUAGGGGAAAAGUUUAAAUACUGAAGUGUCUAUUUGUGAUGCCAUCGGAGGAACAGGAAUCCUGAGGUUUGGAAAUUCGUCUUACAACUUCCACCUGAAAUUGUUGCCCUGCCCCUCUCUUCUGGGCUUGUUUCCCAAGCUGAGUGUGGGGAAUACUGCAGACUAAAUGUGUUUGUGAAGCCAGCUGGGCUCCUCAGAUGACAUGUACAUUGUGAGUGCAAAGACAAGGAGUACCAACAAUUAAAAAAAGGUCAAAAUCAUGUGAUGGUAACUUCCUCAAGUCUGAUGUGUCCUUUUUGGAUUGGGGAAAGGAGAGAGAGAGAGAGAGAGAGAUCGUCAAAGAAGGGGGAAAAGUGGAGUAGGGGCAAGUGGAGGAAGAAGAAAAAAAGAUAUAUGUUGGAUUGUGGAAGUUAAAAAGGAGAUAACUCCAAGUGUAUGAAUUGUAAACUUAAAAAAAAAAAAAAAAAAGGCAAGCAAGCUGUGUACUUGCCUUAUUGGGUGUGUAAAUGUAGACCAGAUGUGUGUGGAUUGAAAUUACCCCCACAUGAUCCCUGCAGCUAAAGGGAAGAGCGCCUCUGAAGGGACAUUUUAAAAUUUAUAUUUAAUCAACAGUCUGCCCAACCUGAUGAGAUCAAAUGCUCAUUACUUCACUGCAUAUUUCUGUAAUAGACACUGGUUUAAAAGCACUCUGGUUUCUAAGCAACAAAAGGCUCAACAUCAAACUUAUCACAUCUUUCUCAAUAGCUGAGAUCACAGUCAUGAGGUUUUAAAAGCUUGAAAAAUACAGGUUAAUAUAUUUUAAUGUUAAUUAAAAUAAUAUUAAUUUACAUCUUUAUAACACUUAUCUUCCAGGCUUUCUGCUAGGGACUUUGUAAAUAUAAUCUCACUGGAUCCUUAAAAUGUAGGUGCUAUUAUUACUUCCAUUUUAGUUGAGGAAAUUGAGAAAGAGAGCAAUUAAUGAAAUUCCCCAGAGCCACACACAGCUAGUAAAUCUGAAAUUAUAUUUGAACUCAGGACUCCCUGACUUCCAGAUCUAGCCCACUGUACCCCUCGUUACCCUCAAAUUCAUAAAAGUGGGUUGAACAGAGUUUAGAUUUAUUAUCUCAUUUGAUCCUCAAAACAAUUCUGUGACAUAGGUAUUGUCUUUACAGACAAGGAAACAAAAAGUCAUAGAUUUAGGAAAGAAGAGAUAGCCGAGGCAUCUAGUCCAAAGUGCUCAUUUAACAGAUUAGAGAUAGCUAGUUAUCCAGUAACAGAUCUGUAAUCAGGAAGAAAUGAGUUCAAAUGUGGUCUCGGUAGUUUAUUAUCUGGUUAAAUCAUUUAACUACUCUCUGCCUCAGUUUUCUCAUCUGUAAAAUGGGGAUAAAAAUAGAACCUAUUUUGCAAAGUGGUCAUUAAAAUCAAGUAAGAUGUUUGUAAAGCACUGAAUAUUAUCUAUUCACUGUACACAGAACCUCUAUCACUCAUUUGUGUGACUGAAGCAAGCCAUUUAACCUAGCACUGGAAUACAAUUUUCCUAUCUGGAAAAGAGGGGGAAUUGUACAAAUGCACUCUUAAGAUCCCUUUAAGCUCUAAAUUAUGAUUUUUUUCAGUAUACAUGCUAGUUGGAAGAAUUGGGAGCUGCCACCACCGCCAGUAAAGUAGGCUAGUUAAUUCUAAUUCUGAUUCUUUGAACCCAGAGGCAUAUUUGAACUUUAAACUCAUGUUAUUUAUUAGAACAUUGGCAGUUAGGUGACUUAGUUGAUUUGAGUGCCAGGUGUAGGUAGUCAGGAAGACUCAUCUUCCUGAGUCCAAAUCCAGUCUCAGAUACUUACUAGCUAACUUAUCUAGGCAAGCCACUUAAGCCUGUUUGUAUCAGUUUCUGUAAAAUGAGCCAGAGAUGGAAAUGACAAACCACUUCAGUAUCUUUGUCAAGAAAACUUCAAACUGGGAAGAGUUGGACACAACUGAACAGAAAAAUGAGGAUCUUUGCAGAUGUUUUGCUUAGUAUUAAAAAAGUUAUAUUAAUUGGUUAAGCAUUAUUUUUCUAAGGGAGAAAAAAAAAAAGUUAAACUAGAAUUCAGUACUCUGAAGCCUUCACCAAAACAGGUUUGUACUCAAGUUUUCUCGACAAAGCAAAAGUUGCCAUCCUGCUUCUAGGGGAGACAGCAAUAAUUUUAUGGUCCCCUGACCUUAGAGGAUUUCUGUUCUAACAAUCUGUCAGUGAUUCUAAAUCUUCUGGCUUUGGAAUCUGUGGUCCUGAGGCCCUUUAAGAACAUUAUUGUUCUGUCAAUGAUUGUAAAAGUCUUUUGGCAAUGAGUAUAAUAUUUCUUCCCGUAAACUUUAGGGAAGAUAUAUUAGUGAUCCUGAGAUUCUCUACCUUAGGAUGCUAUUGUUCCAAUCAUCUUGUCUGUCAAUGAUUCUAAAAUAAUCUGACUUUGGGAUAGUCCUAGGUCUGCUGGUCAGUGAUAACCAAAUUCCUGAGAAUACUUCAGUUCCACCUCUAGGCCAUAUAGUUAGUUUAUCAAUGACAUGUACUGGAUAAAUUUGUCUCCUUGUUCCAGGACCUUUGCUAAAAUCUUGGACUUUAGCCCACUUCAGUUGACAUUAUAAUUACAAUAAACUUUGUCCCUUCACUUGGA